CUGCUGGAGCUGUCCAGAAGGAGUCGAGGAGUUAGACGCUAACAGCGCUGCGGGGCUUUUAAAUAGCGCUACAGCAUUGCGUGCAGUGUGAAGAAAAUAAGCGGGUCUGUUGAGCGGAGAUGACUGCUUGACUAUAUUACCUUCACAGUACAGAUUUUUGCUUGGCCUGCUGUUUGACAUAAUAUCCAUUUAAUUUUUUUUUUUUUUUUUUUUGCUAUGGGAGACAGGAGGACCAUCAGUUUGCCAGAAUCAGAUAAGAUUUUACAGUAUUGUUCUGAGAUACGUAUGUCUCCAACAAGUCUUCUACCAUCCCCUUCUCAUUCUGUAGCCAAUAACCUUUCUGGCAGUGUUUAUACCUUCUGCACCGAAGACAAUCUAGAGCAAUGUAUUACUUACAUUGAUCAGGAGCUUCGAACCAUAGGCUUUCCCACAGUGCAAGCUGUAUCCAAGAAUGGAGAAGGGAGAAAACUGCAUCUGGUGUCUAUCAUCAACUGUAUCUAUGAGCUACUGCAAAGAAACUCCCAAACUAUGCGUAGCAACGAAGAAGUGGAAACGCAGCUCCUGAAAAUAAAUGGUGACCUUGAGUAUCUGCAGAGUAUUCAUCAGAGGCAGAAGGACCAGCUGGAGGCCGCAAAGCGAGAAAAUUGUGCUCUCCAGGAGAGAGAUCGACAGAUGCAGUGUAAAAAUCGUAACCUUCUCCAGCUGCUUAAGAAUGAAAAAGAGGAGGUGCAAAAACUACAGAAUAUAAUUGCAAGUCGUUCUACUCAGUACAAUCAUAGUGUGAAGAGAAAAGAGCGAGAAUACAACAAACUGAAGGAGCGGUUAUAUCAGCUUGUGAUGGACAAAAGAGACAAAAAAAUUUCAAUUGAUGUGCUAAACUAUGUUGGCAGAGCUGAUGGAAAGAGGUCAUCUUGGAGAACUGGCAAAACAGAUGCAAAAAACGAAGAAGAAAUGUACAAAGUUCUCUUAAAUGAUUAUGAGCAACGUCAGAAGCAGCUAAUGGUUGAAAAUGUAGAGCUGAAGAAGGUCUUGCAGCAAAUGAAGAAAGAAAUGAUUUCUAUUGUUUCACAACGUAAAACAAAAGAGAAACUGGAAGAUAGUACUGGCACGGUGACUUCAGACAUUGAGGAGGAGAUAGCUGAUUCUAGUAAAGAGAAUCUUUCUGAGUUAUCCUGUGAAGCAGUGCGUGAACAACUUAUUAGCAGCAUCCGCCAACAGUGGCGUAUAUUAAAAAGCCACAUGGAAAAACUUGAUAACCAAGCAUGCCUUGUAAAUGUGCCUACUCCUGAUGAAAAUGGCUUGAUAGCGAGAGCAGAACAUGAACAAGAGCUUGACAAACUAAUAAGUGAAAUUCAGCAAUGUAAAGAAACGAUAAGAAGCCAACAGCAACUGCUAAAGCAGCAGCUUAGUGUGCCUCGUGAUGAUGACACUUCAAAGCUUCUGCAGGACUGCUAUCUACUUGAAGACAAAGAGCGUCUCCAGGAAGAAUGGAAGUUGUUUAAUGCGCAGAAAAAAAACUUUGAGAAAGAAAGAAGGAAUUUCACAGAAGCUGCUAUUCGCCUUGGGCAUGAGAAAAAGGUCUUUGAAGAGGACAGAGCAGCUUGGUUAAAACACCAGUUCCUGAACAUGACUGUGUUUUCUGACCACAAGAAUCUGGAAGAAAGGAAAGUUCCCGGAGUUCACUUCAGUUCUGAACAAGACAAUUGCAGACUACACAGCAGGCCUCAUGAUAAAGUCCUUGCAUCUUCAGGAGACUAUUCCCGACGUCCUAGUAAAGCCCUGCCCAUCACAUCCUCUUCAAAGCACAGUCUGACUCAAAUAGAGAGCAUUUCAUGGAGAGAUUCGAGCAUUAGUCCAAAUGACACUGACUUCCUGAAUUAAAUCCAGCUCUUGGCAGAGUCCCAUGUCUGGGAGAAGGGAUCUUAAGCACUUGCACAGACAACCUUAUGUCUUGGCUAUUCCUGUCAACAACUGUUCUUUCGUUUCUUAGCUUUGUUUGCUGCAAAAGACCAAAGCAGUCCCCUCCGCAACUAUUCUUUUAUACUGAAUUAACAACAUUUUAUACCCACUAUAUUGGCCAUGUGUGUUCGUACUGGACUCCGCUAAUUAGAACAAAAUUUGAAGAGUUACUUUUUGGAUCCCAAUUCUUGCAUAGAUCCCGCUUGCAGCAUAAUUACUUGGGGGUCACGAGGAGUUGUAGUGUGAAGCUUGCACCCAGCAUAAUAUAUUAUGCCUUUUAUUUAAGGGCUCCAUUUAUCAGGCAUAAAUUACAGUCUUGGUGGCACAUCAAGGAAGUGCAUACUCUAUUUGUGCAAGUUCAUAUUCUAACUUUUGUGUACUAGAGUCAAUUGGCCAAACUGGACUGCUUUUCAUUGUAAACCCCAGUGUUGACAUUUUGUGUUGGCUACUUUUUGUGUUGUUCCUACAGUUCUUAAUUCUGUACCUCAAGGAAUAGUAACCUGAGGGUGACAUUAUGCACGUGGUUUACAUUGUCGAAUAUUUUAGGAAUCUCCAAACAGCACUUUAUUCUAAUCUUGUAAUUGAAAACCUAUCCAGUGCAUCAACACAUCUGCCCCUCUUGCAUUUGCAGUGCAUUGACAAGUUCACAUAGUGAAGGGCAUAAAUGUUUAAUAUUAAUGGAAAUCUAUUUUAUUUUCUGGCCUUUAUGUGUAAUGUAUAGUUUUUAUCAAGGGUAACUAAAAAGACUGGGAAAAGGUGCCCAUUUUGGUGAAUGUUAGCAGUACACACAUCAUCAGGUCCCAGCUGUACCUUGUUCAGAACACACCAGCAUUUCUGUGAAUCUGGCCUUAAUACCGGUCAGUCCAGGUUAAUCUUUAACACACGCUUUUUAGUUUUUUUUUUCUUCCCACCCUUAUUCAUUUGAGGUUUAGUGAAAACAGAUCUUGUUUCUAGAUUGUCCCUUAUUUUAAUGCUUGAGCAUUUUCUGCCAUCUUUACCUUUACAUUUUUUUAUUUAGGCACUUCUGCUGCCUCAUCUGCCAGUGCACCACCAUUGUUGCAUUGGCACUGAAAUUGUCAGUUUGGAUACACUAUAGCCAAUCUGAAAAGGCCUAUCCGUGGAUAUAAAUACAUGAUUGUGCAACGUGAUCAAAAUUAUACAAACUACACAACCUGUAUUAACUCUUUUAUAUUGGUUUCAUGUUUUUCCGCCAGCAAAACGAAACAAACCUGUUUUUCCAAUAGCACAAUGCUGCAUGUGAUGUUCAGUCAGCACUUUUUUUUCUGCUUUCUGCAGAAAAACACAAGUAAUUGGUUCAAUUUGUUGUUUUGCUUUAGUGCAAAUAACACUAAAUUAUUUGUGUCAAAGCAGCACAACUCUGAUUAGGGACAAUUUCUAAUGUACUAUAGUUUAUAGAAAAGAUCCUCAACAAGCUCUAUUUAUUUCUUUCAUGGAAUCGAAAUGACUACUAAUCACUGGAAGAUCCCAUCUGUAGAACACUUUGAACACUUGAACCUUUGGGCCCAACUUACCAUUACUUUUUUAAAUGUGUGAAUUGUAAUGUGAGAAAUGUAUGUAUAUAAGGUAAUGCAAUGUAGCUCUAGUGCAGUGUGAUGUGAGAGAAUGCAUUUGAUACAUUUGCUCCUAUUAAAAUGGUAAUGCUGGCAGACCUUUUAGGAAAAAUGACUUAUGAGUGAACAGUAGCAUGUGUAAUGAAAGUGUGCCUUUAUUUUAUGCUGCUCUCUGUUGCAUCUAAAAGCAGCCUUACUACCUCUGCUCUGUAUGUGUAUUUUUAGAUGAUUUCAGACACUGAUUUAUACUGUUUAGAUUUGCUAAUGAAAUUAAAUUUUAUGUAGUAAAACUAUUAAUAAAAUAUCAUUUUAAAAUA